AUGGCGCAAAAUAGACACUGGGAACAAGACAAGGAGGCAACCGUCUACAUAGGAAACAUCGACGAGCGCGCGACGUCAGCCAUGGUUUACGAGAUUAUGCUUCAGAUGGGUCCCAUCCAUAACAUCCACAUGCCUCGCGACCGCGUUACGCAGACGCAUCAGGGCUUCGGCUUCGUCGAGUUCCGCACGCCCACCGACGCCGAGUACGCGGCCAACGUCAUGAACGGCAUCAAGUUGUACGGAAAAUCACUGCGCGUUAACAAAGCCAGCGCAGACAAACAGCGAGCCGCUGAAGUUGGCGCCGAGCUGUUCAUCGGAAACCUCGAUUCCAUGGUUGACGAGAAGAUCCUCUACGACACGUUUAGUCGGUUUGGCCCACUGCUGAGUCUGCCAAAGGUCGCGAGGGAGGAGUCUGGCGCAAGCAAGGGUUUUGGGUUUGUCAGCUUUGCCGAUUUUGAGAGCAGUGAUGCUGCUAUUGACACAUUGCACGGCCAGUAUAUUCUGAGCAAGGAGGUCUCAGUUCAGUACGCUUUCAAGAAGGACGGAAAGGGAGAGAGACAUGGUGACCAGGCUGAGCGAUCACUCGCUGCCGAAGCCAAGAAGCGCAAUAUCGUACCCGAGGCACAGCCUGUUCCUCAGGCAUUCCUUCAACAACCACCUGCUGCCGCUGCGCCUCCAGCUGGCUUCGAUCCUUCAGUUAUGGGAAGAAUGCCCGUUGGCGCACCUCCCCAAGCCGCACCUGGUGGUUUCGCACCCCCUGGACGAGGUCCUUCACCAUACAACGCUGGUAUCCCACCCCCUGGAAUGCCUCCCCGAGGUGCUGCCCCUCUACCCCCAGCACCAUCUGGUCUUCCCGCGCGACCACCGCAAUCACAGGCUGGAUACACCAACCCGGCCGAUUUCCACCCGGGCAGCUUCCGACCACCAUCUGGAUCUCCUGCGCAAGGUUACCCCGUCGCUCCUCCGCCCGGUUUCCCUGCGCCUCCUCAGGCCGCUCCAGGUGCUCCUGGAGCCCCUCCACCUGGUUUCAUGCCUCCUCCAGGCUUCCAACCACCUCCUGGAUUCCGUCGGUGAUCGCCAUCUUCACAAACAUCACAACGUGUUAUUUAUGCAAAAGAUUUCCUCCAGUAAGCUCAGGACUCGAUAGAGUCCAAGACAUGAAUUGAUGCCGUUAUUACGGCUAAAAGACGACCUUGGUCGUGUAUCUAAUUACCUCUACCCCCUCCAUCAAGAUGGGACCACAAAUAUGUAUGGUCAGGUAUCGUACAGGCCUCCAUAAACCCCCUCGAAUCUGGUAUACAAAACAUGAAAAUAAUUCCUCUUUUAAAAUGUGGGCAAACUCCUUGCCCCGAACGCCGGAUUUGCAACCUCUACUCCCAUA